UUUUUUUUUUUAUAAUUGGGGAAUUAACGUAUGCAGUGUGAAAGUCGUAUAUAAAUUUCUGUUAUGGUAUUUUUAUAAGAAAUAUCAGUUUAACUAUUAAGACAUGUCUUCACCAGUGCCUAAGCAAGAUUAUGCUUCUAUGAAUAUAUCUUCUGGAUCAGAAACAACAGAUUUUGGUUUUUGUGCUUGGGUACUAACAAUAUUAUCAUAUAUUAUUGUGAUAUGCACCUUUCCAUUUUCGCUUCUUUUUUGUCUGAAGAUUGUGCAGGAAUAUGAAAGAGCAGUUAUUUUUCGAGUAGGUCGUCUGUUAAAAGGUGGUGCUAAAGGUCCAGGAAUUUUUUUUAUACUUCCAUGUAUUGAUAACUAUUCAAAGAUUGAUUUGCGUGUCAUUUCUUUUGAUGUGCCUCCCCAAGAAAUUUUAACUCGAGACAGCGUAACUGUUUCUGUUGAUGCUGUUACAUACUUUCGUAUUUCCAAUCCCAUUGCGUCUGUUUGCAAUGUAGAGGAUGCUAGUCGCUCAACUAAGUUGCUUGCUCAAACAACUCUUCGCAAUGAGCUUGGAACAAAAAAUUUAUCUGAAGUGCUUAUGGAGAGAGAAAAUAUUAGUAAAAAUUUGCAACAUAUACUUGAUCAUGCAACAGAGCCAUGGGGUGUGAAAGUAGAAAGAGUUGAAAUUAAAGAUGUUCGCCUUCCACAAAUGUUGCAGAGGGCAAUGGCUGCUGAGGCUGAAGCUUCAAGAGAAGCACGAGCUAAAGUUAUUGCUGCAGAAGGCGAGAUGAACGCAGCUCGUGCUUUGAAAGAAGCUUCCGAUGUUAUUAGUGAGUCACCAAGUGCUCUUCAACUUCGAUAUUUACAAACGCUUCAAGCAAUAUCUGCUGAAAAAAAUUCCACCAUUAUUUUUCCUCUUCCUAUCGACUUUAUGAGUGCUUUUUUAAAAAAUCGUUAACAAACUUAAAUUUCUUCAAAAAUUUCUUCCACUAAAUUAAAUGAAUUUUUUUCUUCUGAUUUAUCAACGCUUAUAUCAAAAUCUUUAUAUUUUAUUGAUAUCUGGUAUUUAUAUAUUUUCUGGCUAAAUAGACAGAAUUCUUUAUCUAUGUACAUUUUUUAUAGUUAUAAAAUUCAAGGUUUGUAAUUAAUUUGUAUAUAUAUGAAAAAAUCUUUUUAUGAAUAAUAUUUAAAGUUUA